CACGGCUGGUGCUGAGGAAGUGAGUCCAGAGACAGGGAUCAGUUAUGGCUCUGUGUUCAGUUUUUUUCAAUUUUCUUCUUCUGCUUCUUCUUUCUUUCACCAAAGAAGCUUUAGGUGUUUCAGAGCAAGAAGCUGACAGAGUGCAUGGACUACCCGGACAGCCUCCGGUGAAGUUCAAACAAUAUUCUGGUUAUAUCACUGUCAAUGAAACCCAUGGAAGAGCACUCUUCUAUUGGUUCUUUGAGGCCACUCAUAAACCAGAAGAAAAACCUCUUCUCUUAUGGCUCAAUGGAGGCCCUGGUUGUUCCUCAAUUGGUUAUGGAGAAGCAGAGGAGCUAGGACCCUUCUUUCCUCAGGACAGCAGCCAACCAAAGCUAAAGUUAAAUCCUUAUUCUUGGAAUAACGCUGCCAAUCUUUUGUUUUUGGAAUCCCCUGUUGGGGUGGGGUUCUCCUACACCAACACCAGCAGUGAUAUAAGUGAGCUUGGUGACACCAUUACCGCUAAAGAUUCACACACCUUUAUCAUCAAGUGGUUUAGAAGAUUUCCACAAUUCAGAUCACACGAAUUCUACAUUUCCGGUGAAAGCUAUGCAGGGCACUAUGUUCCGCAACUUUCAGAGCUCAUUUUCGAUAAUAAUCGCAAUCCUGUCGAGAAAGACUACAUUAACUUCAAAGGAUUCCUGAUUGGAAAUGCAUUACUGGACGACGAAACAGAUCAAAAGGGUAUGAUAGAUUAUGCAUGGGAUCAUGCUGUGAUAUCUGAUGGAGUAUACCAUAACAUUACAACCAUAUGCGAUUUCAGCCUUCCAAUUCUAAAUCAAACAAAUGAGUGCAAUGUGGAACUCAAUAAGUACUUCGCUGUGUAUAAGAUUAUUGAUAUGUAUAGCUUGUACACUCCCAGAUGUUUCAGCAACACCAGCAGCACCAGAAAGGAAGCCCUUCAAAGUUUUUCAAAAAUUGAUGGGUGGCACAGAAAAUCAGCUGGAUAUGAUCCUUGUGCAUCCGAUUAUACUGAAGCGUACCUAAAUAGGCCAGAAGUCCAAAAGGCAUUACAUGCCAAUGUCACCAAAAUUCCAUAUCCAUGGACUCAUUGCAGCGAUAAUAUCACAUUUUGGAAUGACUCACCACAGUCCAUGCUUCCUGUCAUCAAGAAGCUUAUUGCUGGUGGUAUUCGCAUUUGGGUUUACAGUGGAGAUACCGAUGGAAGAAUUCCCGUGACUUCAACAAGAUACACUCUUAGAAAGUUGGGGCUUGGGAUCGUCGAAGAUUGGACUCCCUGGUAUACCAGCAAGCAGGUGGGAGGAUGGACCAUUGCUUACGAUGGACUUACUUUUGUUACCAUAAGAGGUGCUGGUCAUCAAGUUCCUACUUUCACACCCAAGCAAGCUCUGCAGUUGGUUCGACACUUCCUAGCAAAUAAGAAAUUACCAUCUCAACCAAUUUAAUCACUUUUCUUUUAAUUUAUCAUUUUGAAGUUUGUUUCUGAUUAAGAAUGGAUAUUUCUUGUUUCUGGGUUUCAAAAAGCCCACUUGUGUUCUAUUUUUAAUUUUCAAUUAUUUCAUAAGACUCUUCUGAAGUAUGAAUUGCAUCAUAUCCAUAUAUAAAAUUUAAUGUCUA